CAAAAAAUGUCGUGAGUCUAAUGUUAUCAUUAGAGUCAAAUGUUAUCAUUAAAUAUAUAUAGAUAGGACUGUACUUGCGUUGGACUCUAGGCUUAAGCUAUGUAUAUAUAUAUAUAUAUGCUAGUAUUAGGACAUCAUAUUAUAAUAAGUAUUAUUUCAAGAAGACCAUCCGAUUGGUGCGGCUACGUCAAACGUUCGCGCCAUGACUGCAACAUUCUAGUGGCCAAUGUUGUUGACUUCAGGCAAAUCACGAUGGAGAUGCUCUCUCGACUAGAGCUCGGGACGACAGGGCUCAAGACCCUCACGCGCGAGGUGAUGGGCUUGCUCAUCGACAAGCCCAAGCAUGUGACGCUCAGCAGGUGGACAAAACGUUCUUUUGGCCCCCACAGGUCUAGUACGUCGUCGUUGUUGAUGUCUAUGGGUUCUACAAGGUUGGUUUUCUGUUGUUCACGACGGAGCGCACGCACAACCGAUGGAAGGUCGCCGCCGUCUAUUUGCAUUAAGUUGCUGUUAGAGCAUCUCCAAUAUAAGUUCUAAAUGGAGUUGUAUUUUGAAUUUUAGUACUUUAACAAUAAUAUUUCUUUAAUAGUGAUGCUAUUUUACAAAAAAAUAAAUAAUUACGAGAAUUGGCCUCUCAGGUCCUAAAUAUAGGACUUCAUA